AGAAGAAUGUCCUUGUCGCCAUCUUGAAUAGAAAUUCGUGAUGUAGUUAGUGUCUUUCCAAAUAAAAACAAAAUUCAGUCAAAUAAAUAGUGAACAUAUAAUAAACACAUUUAUAAAAGUUGUGCUUAAUUAAAAUUAGCACAUUUUAGAAUUUUAUCCAUUUUAAAUAAAAUUUAAAAUUUAAAAGAUCGACAAUAAAACAAAUCAGCUGUUAUCCGUCAAUCGAUGUCAGAUUGUCAACAAAAUUACGUAAUUUUGUUUAGAAAAACAGUGUAGCCUAACAGAUAGUGUCAAAUUUUUGAAAAUAUCAAUCAUGAAAAUUCUUAUUUAUGCUUCAAAAGUCAAAUUGUUACAGUGAAUGUAUGCUCAAAGAAGAUAAAUUCGUAAUGAAGAUUGUUGUAUAAUGUAGACCAACAUAAAAUUUCAAACAAUGGAUCAAAAUAACAUUAUAGAAUGUGGAGGAUUUUAUUUUAUACAUAAUUUUGAUUCUGGGAAUCUGGGACAUGUCGAAAGAGUACCGACAGAGCUUAUAGCUCCUGGCAUAAAUCAUAAAACAAAUGCACCUGAAACACCAGACUAUGAAUUUAAUAUAUGGACGCGUCCAGAUUGUGCUGGUACCGAAUUUGAGAAUGGAAACCGAACCUGGUUCUACUUUGGUGUUCAAGCAACAGAGCAAAAUGUUCUCGUGCGGUUAAACUUGGUAAACUUAAACAAACAAGGAAAGAUGUACAAUCAAGGUAUGGCUCCAGUUACCAGAACCCUACCAGGCAAACCACAGUGGGAGAGGAUCAGAGAUAGACCCGUGCAUUCGACCGACGACAACACAUUCAUGUUAAGUUUCAAAUACAGAACGGCAGAUAAUUUGAAAGCAACGACAUUCUUUGCCUUCACAUAUCCGUUCUCUUUUGCCGAACUACAGAUAGCUUUGAACUCGAUCGACCUAAAAAUGCUACCUCUACCGCCCCCUCAGUCACCAGACGACAUAUACUACUAUAGAGAAUGUCUCAUACAUUCACUAGAAGGUAGGCGGGUGGAUCUGCUAACUGUAUCAUCAUACCACGGUAUAUCAACUGACAGGGAAGAAAAACUAACGAACCUCUUUCCGGAAAACCAAGAGAGGCCAUUCAAGUUUCCUAAUAAAAAGGUAGUGUUCAUAUCGGCGCGGGUACAUCCAGGCGAGACGCCGUCCAGCUUCGUGUUCAAUGGGUUUUUGAACCUACUCCUCACGAGGAACGAUCCGGUCGCGAUACAGUUGCGGAAACUAUACGUCUUCAAGAUGAUACCGUUUCUGAAUCCUGACGGAGUCGCCCGGGGCCACUACAGGACCGACACGAGGGGCGUUAAUCUCAACAGAGUUUAUUUAAAUCCAUCUCUGAGUUACCAUCCAACGGUCUACGCUUCGAGGGCCUUGAUAAGAUAUUAUCACUUUGGUUGUGAAAAAGAAGACAGUUUCGAGGAGGGAAAUCUAUCCAUGCGCAGCAUCCAGAAUGUCAACGAGACAAGCGAGCCACUCGAAACGAAAAAGAAGAAAAGCUUGUCCCCUUAUAAAAUUGGUGAAUACGGUAAACGAGAGAAAUCGAGCAAAUCCGUGGGCUGUAACAAGUCUAGCACGAGCAUCAAACAAGCGAACGCGAGUAAAGACAAGAACGCAAUCAAGAACACGAACGAGACAGGACAACUGGCAGAUCAGGUAUACGAUAUGAAACUGCAGGAGAUGCCGUCGCAGACCAGCGACGCUUCAUCAAAAGCGUCGGACUGCGUCGAGCCCGACCCGAGGUCCCUACUGACCUGCAACGUGUUGCGGACUUGUCUCGGCUCCGACGUGCAUUUGAGCACCAGCGAAGAACUCAAUCUACAGGGAAACAAUCCAUUGCGGCCUUUACGAGAUACAUUAAAAAAUAGCAUCAGUCUUCUUAUGGAAUCAUCGUCUUCGGUUGUUGGUGACAGUUCAACGGAGGGGAAGGAGUCAAUAACGUCAAACGUCCGCGUGGGCUGGUGCGCAGAGUGUCGGCGCGCGGCGCGGCGUCUGGACCUCACGGCGCCGGGGCUGGCCGCCAUGCUGCCCGGGUACACGCCCGACGUGGAUCCUUUCAUGACAAUCCCUGGUCCCACCCAGACCCGUUCCGAGAACCCGAAGUGUCAUACCAUAGACGAAUACAGAGAACACCAGAGACAGCAGUUGGAUUAUCAACAGAAAAUGUUGAGCGAGAGUAGUUCCGAAGAGAAGGACGCUGUAUAUUUUUGUGCAAACUGCUUCAAGAGAUACGUCGUAACCGGACUCAAUGAGGAAGUUAAAAUAUCGGAAGCGGCUUCGUCUGGAAGCGCGGCAGUUUCGGCACAUUCUACCGGCGAAGGUGACGCCAAACCACAACCGAUCACUGAAGUAUCGAAUACUCCGCAAUCAGCUGUUGCAACGAAAGAGGAACAAGUCAAAUCCGGGAUCAAAGCUUUAAAGAAGAAGCCUCUCCCUCCUCCAGCAGUCAGCACGCGGAGCGCCCACAAGGAGCAGGAAUCUGGAUUAUACUUGUACAUUGAUUUACACGGACACGCUUCUAAAAAAGGUAUAUUCAUGUACGGGAAUCAUUUCGAGGACCCGGAGAGCUGCGUGGAGUGCAUGCUGCUGCCGCGCAUCAUGUCCCUCAACAACCUUCACUUCCACUUCUCCUCAUGUAACUUCACAGAGAAGAAUAUGUACCUCAAGGACCGUCGCGAUGGAAUGUCCCGCGAGGGCUCAGGUCGGGUGGCGGUACUGAAAGCGACAGGUCUGGUCCGGUCCUACACCCUAGAGUGCAACUACAACACGGGGCGACUAGUCAACGUGCUGCCCCCCACCACGCGUGACCCCCCACGCGCUUCGCCGCCCACCACGGGACCCCCCGCACCACCCAAGUACACGCCGCACAUAUUCGAAGAGGUAAACCCGUACCAGGUGGGGAAGUCAUUGGGUGCAUCGAUCCUGGACCUGACCGGGCAGCAUCCGAACUCCCGCAUCCCGUGCUCGGAGCACCGAUCCCUGCCCGCGCUGAGGGACUGGCUCCGAGCCCACACACGAACUGCUAAGCCCCAGUUGACGAUGUCCCGUCUCCGGCCCAAAGCGUCGUCACCGCCGCGGGCGCCUCUCUACGCGCGCGCCAAGACUAAAGGCACCGACGAACGCAAGGAGAACGCGUACGUCGCCGCCAGGACCGACUCUGAGCGCAGACGCAGCCCGCCCGUACUCGCGCAGCGCUCCGGACACGACAUCAUCAACGUUAACGUCAAGUUCGUCAAGAAGAACGAGCCGGUCAAGUCGACGUCGCGCACGCGCUACCUCGCAGAGAACGAGCCCAAACCGAAGACUCUGUCCACGAAGCGCAGGAACAUUCUCGCGAUACGGAAACCGAACUCGAGCAAAACGCAAGUCGGCGGCGUCGUCAAGAACAAAGUGGCGCGGCGGCCGACGGACGAGUCGGACGGGAGCCGCCCCUCCAUGCUGACCAGCAAGCGGAGCUUCGCGCGCUCCAUCCGACCGAAGCAAGCCAGCCGGAGCAAGGCCGGCUCCUCGUCGUCGUCGUCGUCGGCGGGAGGGACGGCCCAGUGGGAGGACGCGGCGGGCUCGCUGGCGGCCGCGCCCUCCAAGCGCCGACCCUUCCCUCCGCCGCCCUCGCAUCUCAAGAAGAUCCGACUCAAGCCGACCUUGUAGCGACAAUCUCAGCUCUGACCUAUAGAUCAACUUUGCUAGCUUUUAAAUUAAAUAAAAAAAUAACAAUCUAACUACAUAACCUAACUGUGACGUGAAUACUUAUUUCGCUAGAAUUAAUAUUAUAUUGUAAUGAAUUAAACAGCGCACCGUAGAAGUAUCUUCUCGAUCGGCGCGAGCGGACUUAGUAAAUAAUGAUAAUAGCGGGAAAAUAUUUGAGGAUAGUGAUAUGUAAUAAGAAUUGCAAGCGUUAAACCGUUAGCUCGGCUUGUGGUGGCGGCCGCCUGUGACGUCACAGAACCUUGUAAUCGAAUGAUUUGUGAAAUAAAAUUGCUGUUUGUAUUUUAUAAAUAUUUUAUGUUCCUUGUCAGUGAUGUUAUAAAACAAAAAAAAAAACAUAAUCGAAUACUUAAUAAUAUGAUUUUAUACAGAUUUUUAAUGAAUUGUACAGUUGAUGUCGCGCUCCUAGAGCGGUCCUCACGUUUCGUGCUAAUAUUGUCGUGUAAUAUUGAUCUCAUUCACAAAGCAGCUGACUUCAAAAGCGCUCUCGUCUCGAAAAUUUUACGUCUUAUCCCAUCGCAUAUUAUGUAAACUUGUGUAGUUGUUACUUAGAGUAAUUUUAUUUAAUGAUGGGUACGGAUGAUACUAAAAAAAAUGUGAUAAAAAAAAAACAAUUUUGUUCAUAAAAUAAUUAUCUACUUAUAAAAUAUUUCGAAUUAAUUCACAAAAUAGUCGUUAAGUCGUGGUCUCCGUAAUUGUGCAAUAACUGUUCGGCUACUAACUCGUGUUUUAUACGUUUUUAAAUAUACGAAUAUUAUCGUACGGAUUUACCUCAAAAUUUUCAAAGUUGUAUACAUUGUGAGCGUUUACUUUAGAAAUCACACUGUAGUUAUUUAUUCAACUAAAAUAUUAAUAAAUAUAUUAUGAAAAACUCAAAA